AUGAAGAGGAAAGCCAUCUUCUUGUAUUUUGAAGUUGAAGGAUCAAAGGAAACAAUGGCUUCCAAUUUCUGGACAUCGACACACUACAAAGAGCUCAAGGACCCAGAGGAGAUUAAUGUUGUUCAUCCUCUUGAUGCUCAGAGAGGAAUCUCUGUCGAAGAUUUCAGGCUCAUUAAGCUUCAUAUGUCUAACUAUAUAUCGAAACUGGCACAACACAUUAAGAUUAGGCAAAGAGUUGUUGCAACUGCAGUAACCUAUAUGCGACGUGUUUACACAAGAAAGAGUUUGACAGAAUAUGAGCCCAGGCUUGUUGCUCCCACCUGCUUGUACUUGGCUUGUAAAGCAGAGGAGAGUGUGGUUCAUGCCAAAAUUCUUGUCUUCUACAUUAAAAAACUGUAUGCUGAUGAAAAGUUUAGAUAUGAGAUUAAAGAUAUUCUGGAAAUGGAGAUGAAAGUCUUGGAAGCACUGAACUUCUAUCUUGUUGUGUUCCACCCAUACCGAUCCCUGCCAGAGUAAGUCUUUUGCAUAUCUUUGCUUUGGGAUCCUCCAAAUCAAACAGACAAAAAAAAAUCUUUUGCUACUAUAUAUUAUGCAUUUCCUUUUGAUAAAUUUGUCUUGCUUUACAGGUUCUUGCAGGAUUCUGGAAUCAGUGACACAAGUAUGACCCAUAUAACUUGGGGUCUUGUCAACGACACUUACAGAAUGGACCUCAUCCUUACACAUCCGCCUUAUCUCAUCACACUCGCUUGCAUCUACAUUGCUUCUGUGUACAAAGAGAAAGACAUAAGGACAUGGUUUGAAGAGCUUUCCGUCGACAUGAACAUAGUGAAGAAUAUCGCAAUGGAGAUAUUAGAUUUCUAUGAGAACCACAGGAUGUUCACGGAAGAGAGAGUUCACGCCGCCUUCAACAAACUUGCUACAAGCCCAUAAAAGUUUUUGACGGGAAUCUGUGUUUUUGUUCCCCUGAGAGAAGAACAUGUUUUGCCAGAAGUUUCCGACAUGAGAGCAUUUCGUUUAUUGUACAUUAGUUUUGCUCUUCGAGUUCUUGGUUAAACAAUGUCUUGGCUAUGCACUGUGCACAGUAAAAGUGGUUGGUAAAUUUGCAAAAACUCGUAACUCGUCGAAUUGCAAUUUUAGAUAAAACAUAAAGACAUUCUAACAUACAGGGUAAAUUAUUAGA